CGCUUCCGUCGUUCGAACGUAUUCGAUUUUCGAAAGAUGCGAUUUUCGGCCGUGGCGUUUCUUCUAAUUCGAAUGGCGAAAGAGGCCCGCUCUCGGGGAAGCCGACCGCAGGAGACGAGCGGACAAGACACUGAAACCCAUCUCGUGCCUCUCGGGACUUACGUCAACAACUACGAGGAGGCGGGAUCGGAGAAGAGAUUCGUCGCCGACCUGGAGAAUUUGGACCGAGGAAUACAGCGCUACGUUACUUACGUCGUCGUGGGCGCCGUCUUAGUCUCCGCCCUGAUUUUCCUCCUGCUGAUUCCUCUGGGUCGUUGCUGCUUUCUGUGCGUUCGCCACCCGCGACGCAAUCUCUACUACUUUCUCGAUUGCUGCUGUUUCUGUCGUCGGCCGAGCUACAGAGGAGCGAAGGCGUUGGCCCGACGAGAAGGGAUAAAGAUUCCCGAAUACAACGAAUACCGCAGGCUACUGGCAGACUAUCCCCCGGACUCGCUGGGGGGCAUCCUGAAGUUAUUCCGAAAGAAAUUGGACGCUAGGAGGCACGGCAGGAAGAAAGGGAGUUCGAAGCGCCAGUGCCUCCCCUCUCCUAACAAAUCUUUACCGAAUUGAGAUCGGAGGUUUUUUCCGCCAUCCGAAACCCGAAUUCCAGCGCGAUGGCGGGGAUUCCUUUCGGAAAGUAAGGCGCAGAAGAUUUAUUUGACUCGUGGCUGGCAUCGAUAGUAACGAAAUUCUAUACGUAAAACGGCAGCCGAAAAUUAAAUAAAUUUGUUAUAGUACUACGACGCAGAAUACGUGGCGAAAGAACAACUUUACAGAUGUUAUAAAUGGGAAAAUGGCAGUCUGGAGAUUAAUGUCGGAGACGGCUUUAUAGCUGGUCUACGUUCAGCAUUUGUGACGAAACUGUUUUUAAAACGUACAAAGUUAAAUAAAAAUCUCUUGCCACCAAAACUUCCUCCAUUUCUAAUUAAGAUAGAAAGCCGAAACAACAAUAUUUUUACGUUUUUGGAUUCGGACACCUGGAAACGUGGAGAGAUGCAAAUUUCGGGGGUUUGUGUGUGGUGG